CAAGCCGUGUGAUUUUAGUUAUCCGUUCGAAAAUCAUGUCCACUUCCUUAUUAAACUGCUACCCUGUGAAGAAGAAUCGAGUACUCUCUCUGUAAUGGUUAAGUCUUGCGAAUUGCGUUAAACCCCACAAACCCAUAAAAACGAUUUGAAGUUCUUCGAAUCUGAGCGCCGUUAUCUCGAGUACUCUCUGUGUAAUGGGCAAGUCUUGCGAAUUGCCUUAAACCCCAGAAACCCAUAAGAACGAUUUGGAGUUCUUCGAAUCUGAGCGCUUGAUUUAAGAGUUUCGGCCCAUCCGAUGCCUCCAAGGCGCAGCAAUCCUUGGACUCUGGACCUCGACCCCGACCUUUACGGAAUCGAUCUCGACCCAUCUGAUUUUGGGUCAUCUCUUCCCCUAAAGAAGGUCCCAAACGGUGAUAUCUUCUCUGCAUCUCGAGCCGGAGAUAUCGACCGUCUUCGCUACCUUCUCGAGUCCGGCGUCAAUGUCAAUGCGCGCGACCAGUGGGACUCUGUGGCGCUUUACUAUGCGUGCUUGGCAGGGCACCUUGACGCUGCCAGAAUGUUGCUCGAGAACGGCGCUAUAUGUUCGGAGCACACUUUUGAUGGCGAUAGGUGUCAUUAUGCUGCGCUUAAUUUGAAGGUGCGGAAGCUUCUCAAGGCAUUUGAAGCACGACCGCCGCCGCUUGGGCCAUUGCAGGCUGCUUUGCGUGAAACUUUCUUGGGGUGUGGAGCUAAUAGGGCGUAUUUGAAGCAGGCCGAAAGCCUUCAUCAUCUUUCAGGCCUUCCAUUCAACUCCGAAUCGAAUUACGAGUUCUUCCCGCCCGAUGUUUCGUUUGUCGUUCAAGGUAGGCCGAUCGAAGCUCACCGAGUUAUCCUAAGCGCUCGAUCUGCUUUCUUUAAGAGGAAGUUCGAAGCAGGUUGGAAAGAUCGAAAGGAAGUUAGAUUGUCAAAGGAAAGGCUGUCAUAUCCAGCUUUACAUAGUCUCAUUCACUUCUUUUACUCUGAUAGACUCGAGAUUGCGGUCGAUGACAUGGAAGACCUUAUCAGAAUUUGCAAAGUCUGCAAAUGUGAAUCCUUACUCACAAUUCUUGAGAAAGAACUGGUUCAUCAAAAGUAUGCUCAGUACAAAGCUUUGGGCGACGUUGAUAACUCGAUGAAAAGGUUCAUCUUACAGGGCGUUUCCCUUCCUGAAGACGAUCGCCUUCCAGCAGCUUUACGUCGGAUGCUUCAGAUCGCUUUAGCUAACUCUACUACGGAUCAUGGCCAAGACAAUGAUGCUAAUGAUUUAAGUUUACUUGCUAGUAAAAUGCUGAUCAAUGAUAACAUGGAUGAUCUUGCAGAUAUUUGUAUUCGAGUCGAUAAGAAGUUUUUCCGCUGUCACAAAGUUGUUUUAGCAUCAAGGUCAGAGUAUUUUAAGGCGAGAAUAUCCCGUAUCAAGGAUUUCGGUGAAGGAAAAGAUGAACUUUCAGUUUAUACUCUUCCGUUUAUCGAAGAACACGAUUUGAGCAUGGAAGCAUUUGAAAAAAUGAUCGAGUAUAUGUACACAGAUUGUUUGAAGGAUAUAGAUCCUGAUCAGGCGGAAGAAAUGUUCGAUGCUGCUUCGAGAUAUCUUUUAUUCCCUCUUAAGCGUGCUGUAGCCGAUGCUUUGCUACCACAAUUGGAAAUGGUUUCCCCAGCAGAACUAUGCCAAUGGUUAAUACUGUCUGACAUGUAUGGUGUUAUCAAGAUACGUGAGUAUUGUUUGGAUACAAUAGCUUGCAAUUUCGAGACAUUCGCUGAUACUCGAGAGUUCAGAGAGAUGCUAUUGACCCUUCCUCCACCAUCUGGGGAUUCCUCGCUCCGUACAACAGCUCCGAGCACUCCAGGAGCUGCUGUUAAUAUCGAUCAAGGCAACGUUCUCGACGAUCUACGAGAAAAAUGGCUUGAAGCUGAAGCUGCUGAGCUUGAUAAGAGAGACGAAAGUGCUCUACUCUUCGAUAAGCGUCUUGAGAUGCUAAUGCUCGUAGCAGAACAAGAAAACGAGACCGGUAACCAUCCUACACCCAUCUGAAUUAUACUUUCUAGUUUAGAAUUGGAAAAUUUUGUUGGGGUUUUUGUAACUUUAAUUGCUUGAUCAUUGAACCAUAAGUUUGU